CAUGCGCGGAAGGUUCGCGAAAGUUCCCGAGUGCUAAACGGCGUUUUUCCGGAAGGAGUGUGAGCGGUGUGUGUGUACACGUCCUGGGAGCUCUCGUCCUCUCGCUGCGGUUCCUGUGUCACCCGUGCCUGCUGCUCGUCGCCAUGUCCAUGCUGUGCUACAACCGGGGCUGCGGCCAGCGCUACGACGCCGAGACCAACACGGACGGUUCCUGCACCCAUCACCCGGGGGUCCCCGUCUUUCAUGACGCUCUGAAGGGCUGGUCGUGCUGCAAGAGGCGGACGACGGAUUUCUCCGAUUUCCUCAGUAUUGCGGGCUGCACUAAGGGUUUACACAGCAACGAGAAGCCCCCCGAACCCGUGAAGCCGGAGGUGAAGACCACGUCGGAAAAGAAAGAGCUGGCCGACCUGAAGCCAAAGUUUGAUGAACGCAUCAUCCAAGCACCAAAGCCUAUAGAAUGCAUAAAGAGACCCAGCGCGGACGAGCCUUUAACUCUGUUACAGCUGAAGGUGUCGGCGUCUUUGAAGCAAGCACUGGAUAAGCUGAAAGUCUCCUCAGAAACUGAACAGACGGUAGCAGAUGAGGACACUGGAGAAACCAAAAUCGGAACCUCCUGUAAAAAUGGCGGCUGCACAAAGACGUUUACAGGACCCCAGAGUAAUGAAGAGGUUUGUCAGUAUCACUCCGGGGUGCCCAUCUUCCAUGAGGGGAUGAAAUAUUGGAGCUGCUGUAAGAGGAAAACCUCAGAUUUCAAUACAUUUUUGUCCCAGGAAGGGUGCUUUAAGGGGACGCAUUUAUGGAUUAAGAAAGACGACGGUAAGAAGGUGGUUCCCUGCCGACACGACUGGCACCAGACUGGUAGUGGAGUCACAAUCUCAAUCUAUGCAAAGAACUCCAUCCCAGAACAGAGCUACGUGGAGGCCAAUAGCACAGUGGUUAAUAUUCAGAUCAUAUUUGAUGGCGAGAAGGAAUUUCAGCAGAAUCUACAGUUGUGGGGGGUCAUCGACGUACAAAAAAGUUACGUGAACCUAACUGCAACCAAGGUGGAGAUUUUCAUGAAAAAGGCUGAGCCUAUGACCUGGGGCCGGCUAGAUCUACCUCGACCCGUCCCUCCAAAGCUGCCACAGGAGAACAGCCCGGAGGCCCAAGAAUGACCGUGCAGGAAGUCCUGCCUCUUAGUACUCAUUUCAAGCAAAGACUUGUGUUCCACUUGGGGCUCAUGCACCCGACACAGUCCAUAUGUUGGCUGCAUCUCCUGGGCCGACCGCGGCUUCUCUGACCCAACCUGACUGCAUCACAGUAAUUUAUGAUACAGUCCGGGGCUAUUGUACUGUGCUCACAUCAUCGUAUCAGUGCACAGCAGUAGCACCUUGCCAUAAAUUACUCUGAUACCAUCCGUUCUGGUCAUGGGAGCCGCAGCCGGUCCGGGAGAGGUGGCCGGCGCACGGACUGUGUUUACAGAGCCGAUCAUGGUCGUGUGCAUGAGUCCUACCGUAGUUAUAGCAUUUCGGUUUUUUAAAUUAUCCAAGUCGGUCUGACAUUCCAUUCACUUGUACAUGACAAUGGCCCAUGACCAAAAAGAAGACACGCGGGGGGCAGAUUCCGGUUUGGGAAAUGUUGUUGUCUUUUUACAGUAUAAAUUAAUUUAUGAAGUUAUUGCGCAAAGUCUCGUGAGACUUUGCGAAGUAAUAACUUCGGCUCAUUGGAGCCAAUACAUUCUAAUACUGUACAGAGUGCUCGCUCCGUACAGUAUUAGAACAAAGUUUUAUGCGAGCCAACUUCUGGUGUUUCAUUGACGCUACCUUUGUCCAUGGGCUGUGCCCAGUAUUGCACCCCAGCCCAAUUCACUUGAAUGAUGAUGAUUACUUGAAUGGGUCUGAAGUGCAAUAAUAGCCCAUGGACAAAGGAGGCGCGGUCUCUGGGGAGUGGCAUGACCACUGUGGAUGACCUCUUUAACCUGUUUGAGGUGGACAUCCAGUUUCUGUCAUGUUUUAUCUGUUCCGGUUCACAUGUACUGUAACUUCUCGCCCUCCUGACCUUUUUUUUUUUUUUUAUGCAAAAUUGAUAAUUCCUGCCUCCAAUCUUUUGAGGCUGUCCAGCCUUGGACAAUGUGUAAAAAGCUGUAUUUUCAGCCGUCACUGGUUGUAAUUUUUUAUAUAUUAUGCUGUGUAUUGCCUUUUCAUCCACCUACUACCGUAACCCUUUUACCAGAUAUUUAAAUGAAAUCUUUCCUUUUCCAAGUAAAUGCACUGGUAAUCCAUGAAUGGUGUAGCACUGGGCCCUCCGAAUUCUGCCUGACACGUCAUUGUAGCCAGUAUCGGGUUAAAGGGGAUCUGGUUUCUCUCCUGACAUUGUUAAUGGGUGUUCCCUAUAAACUAACAAAUCUGGCGCAUCUUUUCUUAGACCUGUGCAUUGCACCAUUCCUCUGUUAUUCCUAGUGAAAAUAUAUGGGCGCUACCAUUCGUCAGUAUGGUGGGUCCCUGCACAUCACGGCAUUGUCUACGGUGUCGGCGUGUAGUCAUAAUAGCAAUGGUCACACCCAGUUGUCAAUUUAUUCAUUAAUUUUUGCAGGAGGAAUAGCAAAUUGUAGAGUUAUAAGAAAAAUUUUCCCAGAGUUAUUUUAUGGAGAAUGUGAAUAUUUACUAGGACAGAUCCCUUUUAAAUGAUGUGAAUGUAGCUGCGCUCUCCUAGCUCAUUUCAGGCAGGGCUAUCCGCCUCAGCUUGUUGUAUGCCCCAAAUCUAUGUAGCCCCCGCCUUAAAGGGGUUUCCAGGAAUUAAAAAAAUUAAAAUACGGUACUUAAAUAUUAUUUUAUAAUAAAUAUAUUCAUAAAUGCCUUUCAUUAGUUAUAAUGGCUUGUUUUGUCC